AUGGCUUUUAAGACCCUAAACAACAACAAACUGUUUCGUCCAUGGAUUCAUCCGUCUAACUGUCCAUCAGUUGAUGAUAACUGUCCAGAAAACAUACUAUUAUGCAAAUGUAUCGAUGAUUUAACAACAAAAAGUAGUUUUUCAUCAGCAAAUAGAUACAGCAAAUCAUUGUUGCCAUCAUUUCUAUAUAAUGAUUCCCAUCAUCAUCAGCAAUAUGUCAACAACAAUAGCAACACUACUAUAGGAACUACAUCAUCGAUGUACAGGUGCUUAUCUAAACAUUGUUCAUCAUCAUCGUCAUCAUCAUCAACAACAUCCUUAUCCUCAACAUCACUGUCCAAACAUUGUGUCGAUGAACUGAUUAAUAUGUUUUUCAUGCCUAAAUUAAUCGGACAUAAAAUUGCUGCUGCUGACAUACAUGAGCUAAAUAUGGACAACCAUUAUCAUCGUAACUAUCCCAUAGCUACAUCAUGGUUUGGACGGUUACGUCGGCAACGAGUCAAACGGUUUAUAUGUCCGCACUGUUCGGUCGGCUUCUCAAAUAACGGACAACUCAAAGGACAUAUCAGAACCCAUACCGGUGAGCGACCAUUUAUUUGCGACCACAAAGAGUGCGGCAAAUCGUUUACCCGCAAUGAGGAGCUGACCCGUCAUCGGCGCAUACAUACCGGUGUCAGGCCUUACUCGUGCACCGUAUGUACCAAACGAUUCGGUCGUAAAGAUCAUCUAAAAAAACAUCAGCGAACCCAUGAAAAACGUUUGUAUAGUUGCAAUGGUAUCGGUAGUAUCGGAGGACCGGGUUUUGGAUCAAAUGCUACUAUACUAAUGUCGUCACCAUUAGUUGGUAGUGGAUCUGUAUUAUCGACAUCAUCAUCGGUGACGACACCAUCAUCUAAUAAAGCCCUAUCAUUGCAGACAACAUCAUCAGCUGUUGCUAAUAGUUUAUCGGCUUUUUAUAAUUCAAUGUAUUUGCAAAUUCAACAUAAGUUUUAA